AUGUAUCUAACAGACGUGAUUUACUCUGCAGUAAGCAAACUUUUAACUAAAGAUGAAACGACUCCGUCUUUACAACUACAUUUCUGUGAUCAUUUAUCACUACAAGCAUGCGCACUGACUGAAUACCAAACUAAGUUUUCAGUUGUUAUUUACAACCCACUUGCAAGAAAACGUAUUUUUUUUGUCCGAUUACCCGUGUCGGAUUCUAAGUACGAAGUGACCAAUCAUGACGGAGCGGAAAUUGAACAUCAGAUACUUCCUGUCUCAAAUACAACUAAAAAUAUACCUGAAAGGCCAGCGUCUACGGCAAAAAAUGAUUUGUUAUUUAAAGCAAAUUUAUCUCCACUUGCAAUAAGCACGUUUUUCAUUCAGAAGAAAGAAGCAAUAGAGAAACAAGACAUUAAAGAAGAUGAAAUGCAGGACUGGCUGGAGGAAAAGGUUAUAGAUCUGGUAGAGCAAUCAUCUGGUUCGGAGCCCUAUAAAAAUGCCGUAGAAAUGAUUGAAAAUCAGUAUUAUACAGUCACUGUUGAUCGCAAAACGGGCCUGAUCUCACGUAUCUGGAAUAAACAUGAGGACGUGGCUAUCAAACUUAAACAAAACCUUUUGUAUUACGUGGGACAUACAGGAUACAACUAUAACAGUGAUUCGCAAGCAUCAGGAGCCUAUAUCUUCAGGCCAGAAUCUAACAAGCCUAUACCUAUAAGGCAAAACGCAGCUGUCCGUAUAGUUUCAUUUAAGGGCAGUCUAGUCCAAGAAAUAAGGCAAGAAUUCUGUUCAUGGGCAUCACAAGUGAUCAGACUUUAUGACAAUCAGAGUCAUAUAGAAAUUGAGUGGACUGUCGGGCCGAUACCAUCAGGAUCUGGUAGUGAAGGCAGGGAGAUUAUUUCAAAGUAUAUGACAGAUCUUAACACAGAAGGAACGCUGUAUACCGAUUUAAACGGCAGAGAAACAUUAAAACGAAAGCGAGAUGAGAGAGGCACAUGGCAGUUCUAUCAAUCCGAACCUGUAGCAGGAAACUACUAUCCUAUAACCUCGCGCGCGUCUAUCAUGGAUGAAAGAGCCGAGAAACAACUGACUAUAUUAGUAGACAGAUCUGAAGGUGCAGCAAGCAUUCAGGAUGGUAACCUUGAAAUUAUGAUACAUCGGCGAACUUUUUAUGAUGACUCUCUGGGUGUCACAGAGCCGCUUACCGAGUACGGAGCUAGUGGAAAAGGUAUUGUUGUAAGAGGGAAACAUUAUAUUAUGCUCAACAAGAUAUCGAAUGCAGCAUCCGUGUAUCGACCAUUGUACCAGAAUGUUUACCUACAACCAUUUAUUGCAUUUGCUACUGGGCAGCCACAUUACAGCGACUGGACAAACGUUCGAAAUACAUUAUGGUCAGGCGUUACUGCAGAAUUACCAGGAAAUAUUAAUUUGUUAACGCUUGAUGUUUUGAGUGAGCCCAUCGUAGAAACACCCUACACACCUUUGCUACUGCGACUAGAACAUAUAUUUGAAAAACUAGAGGACACGAGGAUGUCAAGCCCUGAAACGGUUAACUUAAAGACUUUGUUUCGACCAUUUAGUAUAAUCGAGGCUAUAGAAUUGUCUCUCGGUGCUAACAUGAAGAAAGAGGAUAUGGCCAGAUUCAAAUGGAAAACAAAAGGUGACCGACUACAAAAUGUCAUUAAUCAUAUGGACAAUGAUUUAAACAUUGAACUAUCUCCAAUGGAAAUACGAUCGUUUCAAAUUAAUAUACAUUAUUAUCAGUAAUAUAUGCUUAGGUUUAUCAACAUUAUGUAUUAGUGGGUUCGUAAAAGCAAUUUCUGUCUGCUGUACCGAUCUGCUUAGUGUAUUAUGUGUCUUUAAAUUAAAAUGACUUUAGCUUAAAAAGCGGCAAAAGAUCUGAAUAACACAAGACGAGACAAUUAGUUCUGAAUAUGUCAUUAGACACAUUGAUUUUAUAUAGUAUUUAAGUGUCUAUUAAAAUAAUGUACAUGUAUACAUGGUAGUAUAUGCACAUUGAUAUUGUCAAAUAGUAUUUUUUUAUAAACAUGUAUAUGUACGAGAUAUCGUUGUGUUGUCAUGGCCAUAUUGCCAUCAUGUAUUUCAAAAUUCCAAGAACCUUUACUACCUAUAUUUAAAAUUCAAAUUUGAUGCAUC